AUGACCUCAGCUCAACAGGAAGCCAGCUUCUCCUCCACUAUCCCUAUUUCUGUCAAUGACACCAUCGUGUGCCCAUCACCCAGGUCUGAAAUCCUGGCAUCAUCUCUGACUCUUCCCUUCCCCUCUUCUACAUCUAGUAAGGACCGGGCGGAGGCCAGGGAGGGCGAGGGCGCGAGGGAGGCCCGCGCGCUCGCGAGUCGUCCCGACGCUCCGGACCGCGGCCCAGCCGGGAGCCUGGCCGGCGUGCGGGGUCCCCCGGGUUCCCCCUCUCCCCGACCCGGAGCCCGCCGGGCGGCGGCCGCGGGAGCAAGCGUCCCGGCUCCCGUGGACUCGGCGCCGGACCCCGGCCGCGGCCCGGUCGGAGCGGCUCGGGAAGUUCGGGCGCGUCCCACGCAGAAGUUGGCGCGGGGGAGAGCGGGGCGCAGCCCGGGCCGUGGCCUCCCGCACCGAUCGGGUGGCGGCGGAGCGCAGGCCUCGCGGGGGGUGCGCCGGGCACCUCUCCUCUCGGGAAGCGAAACUCGAGUCUCCCGAAUCCGGGCCGGGAGCCUGCGCGGGCGAGGGGAGACCGCGAACCGGGGCUUCCCCGCCGGGCGGGGCGCGGGGUCUCCCACUCGGGGCGGCCGCUUCCUGCCCUGCGGGAGCCCGCGCCCACCCGCACCCGCCUGCGCCCCUCGUCUCCUUCCACGGGAGCUGAGGGUCCCCCGGGGCCGACCCGGUGGCGUCCCGGGUUCGUGGGCUCUGAGCACAGCGCCAGGCCCGCUGGGGCUGGCCCCUGACCUGACGGCUUGCAGAGCAACUUUAAUACAGAGCUGGCCAGGGGACACCGAGCUGCCAGAGGAAAAGGGGCGAUCGUUGUCAGAGGGCUGGAAACCUGUGUUUCUCAUGCGCCUCGAGAUCUUGCGGAACACAUAAGAGCACAUUGGAGGAGAGAUGGAUAGAGUGAGAGAGGGAGAGAAUGAGAGAGAGAGAGAGAGAGAGAGAGAGAGAGAAAACCAAAUAUUAAGCAUGAUGAUUUGGAUCUAAAAAUGGAUGGUCAAAGAUCUUGGGAACUAAGGGACCUUCUUGCCAAAUAAGGACACUUGGCAGGCUGCACUUUGUAUUUUAAGUUAGCACAAGAGUGAGUGUUAUUGGCAAUAUAUUGGCUGAGUGCCUAUCUGGAUCGAGUAGUGAAUCUGACUCUGAUAGGGCUAUGCAAUUAUAAACAGAGUUAUGAGGGGCGUGGAGUGAAUAACCUAGUCAUCAGAGAAAACACUGGCCAGAUCACAACGAUGUUUCGUGAAAAGAGGUUAGAUGUAGAGUGAAGCUAUUAGUGUGGAGUGAAAGAGAAAAAUGGACAGUUGAUUUUAGAAAUUGAUAGAUUCAGAGAAAAGAGAGGAGAAAAUCAGUAAUUUGAAAAAGGUAUUUGUGGUGAUACAGUACUUCUUAGAAUAAGCCUUAUGCCUAUAUCCAGAGAUGUUGGCAAUAAAAAUCAAUUUGGCCCUAAAUGGUUUGGUUCAGUGGAUAGAGCAUCAGCCUUCGGACUGAAGGGUCCCGGGUUCGAUUCUAGUCAAGGGCACAUGCCUGGGUUGCCGGCUCGAUCCCCAGUGGGGUGUGUGUAGGAGGCAG